AUGGGAAUUCUGCCUAGCGUAGAAAGGAAGCUUCUGCAACACUCAGAAUGUGUCGGAAAAUGGAUAGAAGUUUCAGAACAACAACAACAUGAACCUGCAUCAUCGCUAUCGCAAAGCAAGUACAAAGUUUUUAAUUUGGAUUUAGAACAGGAAUGUUGCUUUUCGCGUUGUCAAUGUUGUGAUGAGAGUGUGAGCGUAGGAGACAGUCACUGUCAUCAGCCACAACCUAAUUCUCGCCAUCACUUAUGUGAGAUCAAAGUCGUUCCAAGUAUUCACACCCUUCUCAUGAACAGCACGCCCCAACAACAAAUUAAGGCAGAUUUUAAAUUUACACCUGCAAAUCCACGAACUGGUGGACCCUCUUCAUGCAAUGAGCAAAAUUUAUCCUCUUCAUCAGAUUGGUGCGGAAACAACAUUAUACCUCCUCAAUCGCUGCCGCUUGGCAUUCAUCUACACAAAGCAGUGUAUUUAAACUCUCGAAUUUAUGCUUUUGGAGGAAGCACCAGAAAGGAAUUGAACUCAAACUGUUUUCUAGAAUAUGAUGUUGAAAGUGAAAAAUGGAAACGACUGUCAACCCUAAUAUCGACACCACAUGUCGAUGAAAAUUCAAAUCCUGCUUCCUCAAGUAGCAGCAAUUUGAAUCCACCUAAUGCUAAUAUUGAAAACUCAAACGACUUGACGCAGUCUUCAAAUGGUCACAAUACCAUGCAUACUCCACAAAGAGCAAUUCCCAUGUAUGUUAAUCCAUGUUUUUACCACUCAGUGUGUGUUUGCAAAAAGAGAAGAAAAAUCUAUGUAUUUGGAGGAAGAACAAACUCCGUGGUCACUUCUAAUAAUUUAUAUGAAUUUGAUGUUGACAAGCAACAAUGGAAUGUUUUGACACCAAUACGAAAUAAUUCAAAACAAGAAAAACUUCCAAAGCGAGAGGGUCAUUCAGCAUUUGUUAGAGGUGAUUUUUUGUACAUUGUUGCUGGAUAUGAAUAUAACACGGACCAAUAUUCUAACGAAAUUAUUGAAAUCAAUUUGGAAAGCAAUACAUGGCGCUAUCUCUCUGAGGAUUACUCGAACAUUGUUAAACGAGGUGGUAGAAUCACAAAAAGCACCAACAAGUAUCAUUCGAAUGACAGCGAUGAAGAGGAUUUUGAUGAACAUGACACAUCCACGCUCUUCACAAAGGUUGCCUAUCAUUGUUCAGAAUAUUGUGAGUCCAGAGAUGAACUCUUAAUUUAUGGAGGAAAAACAAGAGAGAAGCCUUUUGGUCCACUUUCCAACAAUCUUUACGUCUAUUCAUUUAAAAGAAAGGAAUGGACCUUGUACAAAGCUCCUUGCUUAUUGAGAAGAAAUCACUUUGAGAAAGAUGGUCACGACAACACUCUAAAUGCAUAUCUUACCUACGACGAUCAUCGACAAUUUAUCAUGUCUUAUAACAAAUCUAGUACACUAGUAGAUGAUCGAUAUUUUGUGAUAUGUAACGGUCUAAUUAAUGAUCAUUUUGAUCGAAGACAUUAUAUUGAUGAAAUGAUAAUUAUUGACAUUUACAGCAACAGCUGGUACAAGGUAUCAGAUGGAUUGGCAUUGUCGAUACCAUUUGACUCAUGCCUGGUUUAUUGUGACAAUUACAAUAGAGUAUAUUCGAUUGGUGGAUACAAUCCUUGUGGUGAAAAGCCUCAUCUGCCAAACGUCACAAAACUAGAGUACAAAAUUACAAAUUGUGACUUCUUGAAAAAUUAUGUUUCUAAAAUUUCUGACACUUCAUUUCCAAUUCCAUUCGUCACUGUGACAUCAAUAGACCGUAGGCAAAGCGUUCAAAUAAGCCGAAUAAUAGCCAUGAGGUUAUUUGGAGAAGAGUUUGGUAACAUUAGUUAUGACAAAUCCAUGAUCCUUGAAACUCCGUUUGAUGAAUCGCAACUGUCUGACAUCGUUGAUUAUUUACAUGGCUUGGACAUUGAAUUUCGUGAUGUGAAUGAAAUUAUCGAACUGUUAGAAAAGACUAUCAAAUUCCCAGCUUUGGGAUCCACUCUUGAUUCAUAUCUAAUACGAAGAUUAGAGACUGGGCUCGUCAAUGAAAAGAAUGUAGUGAAUAUUCUCAAAUCUUGUCAACAUUUAGGUAGAGUAGAAAUGAUAUGCCUGUCAUUCCUGAAACGAAACGGUAUGAAAGUUCCAAUCAACGAUUGUUCAGAACUUCCAAAAACCAUCUUGACAAAACUUGAGCAGUUCAAGCAAGUUAAACAUGGUUCACCUCAAACCACGCUUUCAUCAAACGGUCCCUCAAAUAUUAAUUCCUUGAAAAAUAUCAACCAUACGUCCUCGACCAAUCACUCCUAUCGACUCUAUUUGGCUGACCCCAUAACAACGUUGUUAAGUUUUCUUCGCACUCUACGUAAAGAUUUAGAUGCUUCACAAAGAACAGGAGAUUUAACUCUCAUCAUACACGAUCAAGAGAAGGACAGAAUGAAAAGUAUCACUCUCGACUCUGCCAUUGCUCUCAUGACAUCCAAGUUCUUUGAGAGAAUGCUUUCUGCAGAUUUUAAAGAAAGAGGACAAAAUUGCAUUGAACUCCAAAAUCCAGUCACACUGAAUGAAAAUGAUUUGAUUAAUUUGGUAGACCUUUUAUAUUUGACACCACCGUCGAGAAUUGAUCCCUGGAUGAAUAAGAAAACCAAAUUGAAUUACAUUUAUAGAAUUGCUGAUUUUUAUUGCUUGGAUAUUAUUACAUGUAUUUUGGAAGAUAAAUUCAUGUCUGAUUGA